AUGGCGCCAAAGAAGAAGAGGAGCGCCACCAACAGCGACGACGACGAUGAAUUGGACUCCCUCUGCAACCGCUACCCCUCCGCCCCGCAGGCCCAAAAGCCCACAAAAUCCACCGGGUCGGGUUCGGGUUCGGGUCCCGGAUCCACCCUAGCGCCGUCGAAAUCGACCCUCUACGUGGCCAACCUGGACUACUCCCUAACCAACUCCGACCUCCACAGCCUCUUCUCCCGCUUCGGCAAGAUCGCCCGCGUCACCGUCCUCAAGGACCGCGACACGCGCCGCAGCAAAGGCGUCGCCUUCGUCCAGUUCGUCACGCGCGACGACGCCGUCGCCUCCGCGCGUGAGAUGCACGGCAAGAUCCUCAACGGCCGGAAGCUCUCGGCGUCGAUCGCCGCGGACAACGGACGCGCCGCCGAGUUCAUAAAGAAGCGGGAGUACAAGGACAAGAGCCGCUGCUACGAGUGCGGCGACGAGGGGCAUUUGAGUUAUGAGUGCCCCAAGAACCAGCUCGGGCCGAGGGAGCGGCCGCCGCAGAAGAAACCGAGGCGCGGCGGAGGUGGUAGAGGUGGUGGGGAGGCGCGUGGGGAGGACGAGGUGGAGUGGGAGAGUGGGGGAGAGAGGUUUGAGGAGGAUAAUUGGGCUUCUGUGGUGGAUGGUGGGGCCGGGGAGAGGUUGUUGAGUGAGGAGAUGGAGGAGGAGAAGAAGAGGAAGAAGAAGGUUAAGAAAGGAGGCUACUUUAGUGAUGAGAGUGAUCAUGAUGAUGAGGAUUAG